AUGCCCCUCGCUUUCGCUCCCCUCCAGACCAUCCCUGAGGGUGAGGUUUUCGAGCUGAGGCUGGUUGACUCGCGGUCGGACGACGACCUCUUGCAGCCCCUUCCACCCUGGGAUCCCAUCAAGGCUUCAACCAACGCAUUGCAGGUCACUGAUCCUGUUGGCGCAGCCGAAGUCCAAACACCAGCCGGUUCUCAGGCGCUCGGUAUCCAUCUUGUCAAUUUCCACUGGACUUGGGCGCCCCGUCAAGAAGAGAGUUCCCCGUUGUUGCUUCUCCUGAAACGUCAGGAGGGAGCAGUUGAGUGA